AUGUACCGUCUACGAUUGAAUCGUCAACACAUACUUAUAGGUAUUGGAACUCUAUCAUUUGUGUAUAUACUCCUAAGCUUGAGUGGAUAUACGACACAAAGUGGACUGCUUUCCUUCUUGUCCCUCUCAGGCGAAGGAAGGUGUAAGAGACCUACGAAUGGAUUGAUAUCAGAGCUCGUCGGUGGAGUUCCAGGAUUCUUUGUUUUGGAGAAUGUCUGGUUCAGGAAUGAAACAUUCUAUCUACAUAAUCCAUCUCAUGAAUCCGUUCCUACAGAAAAACAAUUAUUGACAGGAAAAGUUAAUCUUGUGAUUGAACCUGAACCAAUCCGAUAUCAACCUGAUCAUUGUUUCGAUAAAACAUCAUUAUUUCUGAAUGAAGGUGCUGAACCUGGAUGGAAUGGUCUAUGGCAUUACUAUCAUUUCGCAGCGGAAAAUAUUUUAGGUGGAUUCGCAGCUUUAUCAACUACGGAUUCAUGGAAACAAUCACAAUCACAAUCACAAUCACAAUCACAAUCAAACGAGCUUGGAUGGAAUACCCCGGAAUACCCAAGUAGAUUAUUGAUUCCUUGGGAACCUGGAUGGAAAGAUGUUUGGGGAAUGAACGAGAUGGUUAUUAAAGCUUUAUUUGGUAAAAAUCUCGUGGACGCUAAGAAAUGGUCAAAAUUGACAGGGAGAGGUACAGAAUGGAUAUUCUUCGAUAAGAUAAUACUAGUAGACAGAUGGACGGCUCAUCGUAAUCAUCCUGAAUCCAAUCAAUGGAAUAAAAUGGCAUUACCAAUCUUCGAGAGUAAACCUAAACCAUCACCUUCUUUCUUCAACGAAGCCAGAAGGAGGAUGUUGAUUUAUCAAGGAAUCAAAGAUAUGGAAUUCUCCCACCUUCCACCUCCACCUCCGCCUCCGCCUCCGCCUGCACACUCACACGAAUUCGAGUAUGAAGAUGAACGUGAGGAUGCCUUUGAACAUCAACAAGGACAUGGGCAUGGGCAUGGACCUGGACCUGGACCUGAACCUGGAUACCCAUUCCACGAGAAUGACCAAAUCAAUAAAAUCGUUUAUAUAGAUAGACAAAACACCACUCGAAAAUUAUAUGAUGAAGACCACGAAUCAUUAAUGCAAGUUCUUAAAGAUUUUGACAAGAGACCAAAUGUAGAAAUACUACAUGUUUUAUUGGAAAAUUUAGAUGGUAAAAAUCAGAUCAAAGCUGUCGCAGAUGCUACUGUCAUGAUUGGAAUCCAUGGGAACGGAUUGACUCAUGAGAUGUGGAUGCCACAGGAAUCGACAUUGAUAGAGAUCUUCCCUGUUGGAGCUUUCUUGAGGGAUUAUCAACUAGUCGCUGAUGUCCUAGGACAUAACUACGUUGCUAUACGUAACGAUACUGCAUUAUCAGCUGAAGAGUGUAUAAAAUUAGGUGCUGAACAAGAAGCUGGCAAGACGCAUGAUGGCACUCAAAUACCCCUCGACCCAGAUGUCGUUCGUCAAGUCCUUAAUACGAUCUUGGAUAAUCAAUGA